AUGAUGUUAGAAGUGUGUUGCUGAUGUAAAUCAGCUCCUGUCAAAAGACUAAUUUUGCAAUAACUGUCAGAUGUCACUUUAUCUUUCCAAAAAGGAACUAGAAUUGUCGACUAUUUAACAUUUGCAUGAAUGUGAAAAGCUGUAUACAUGAUGUGAUUCUGUUGAUAAAGCUCUGCUCUGUGAUUGGCUGCUCCAUGACCAACAUGAGAUGGUGAACAUGGUUAAAAGUUAGUGCCACUGGACAGAAGUCACUGGAAGCAGAAUGAAAGCGAUGGCUCGUCUGACGCUUCUUCUUGUUCUGCUGUGGGUCGGUACCACAGUGAGCACAGUGGUGGAUGUGCACAAAAGAAUCAUUGGAGGUGAAAAGUGUGAUGACAAAGAGCGCCUGUAUCACGUGAAACUGGUCGAUCAAAACAAUAAUUUCAUCUGUGGAGGCUCUCUGAUCAAUGACCAGUGGGUUCUGACUGUGGCUCACUGCUGGGAGGAAGGAUUGUCAGUCAUUAUAGGAGUACAUCCAGGUCCAGGAAUGACAGUGAGGAUAAACACAAAACCUAAGAUCUACAAAAAGAGGAAACACAUCUUCAGAAAGAAGAUCCAUGACCUCAUGUUACUGAAGCUACCGGAGGGAACACAAAUUCCAGCUACUAUAGACCCUGCUGACUGCAAUGCAAAACCAAGAUUGGGAGAUGUGGUGCAGAUUGCAGGACAUGCCUCAACCCGCAUGGAUGUGGAUAUUGAAUCACCAACUCUUCAGUGUGCAAAUGUUAACAUCGUUGACUGCACCAGACUCAGACAAAUUGAGAGUCACAGUAACACAGACUAUGAACACCAGCACUGGUUCUGUGGUCAAGCUACUGGAAGGGAUAUACGUGAUGGUGACUCUGGUGGAGGAGUCGUGUUCAAUGGCCGGCUCUACGGUUUAAUCGCUUUCAGCGUGAACGCUACACGUGCAGGUGAAGACGCAAUUGGAUUCUUAGACAUUUGUCAUCCAGGCUAUUUACAGUGGAUCGAAACAACUAUUGCUAAUUCCAACAUGAAGGAGAAUAAGAUAACUAUUCAGAUGAAGAAGAGCCAUAAGAAGAAGAUGAAGAAGAAGAUGAAGAAGAUGAUGAAGAAGAUAAAGAAGAAGAUGAAGAAGGUGAUGAAGAAGAUAAAGAAGAAGCUGAAGAAGGUGAUGAAGAAGAUAAAGAAGAAGAUGAAGAAGAUGAAGAGGAAGAUGAAGAAGAAGAUGAAGAAGGGGGUCAAGGAGAUCAAGGAAGUCACAGAGGUUAACGGUGGCGAGGCCAACGGCGGCGAGGCCAACGCCGGUGAGGCCAACGGCGGCGAGGCCAACGGUGGCGAGGCCAACGGCGGCGAGGCCAACGCCGGUGAGGCCAACGGCGGCGAGGCCAACGCCGGUGAGGCCAAUGCCGGCGAGGCCAACGGUGGCGAGGCCAACACGGAGGUCAGCGGCGGCGAGGAGAACAAAGAGGUCGGCGGUGGCGAGUAGAACACGGGUGGGAUGUAAUGUUUUUUUCUCUGGGUAAGGAUAAAUAUGUCACAAAGCUGUUCCAGAAUAAAUAUCAUGUGACACUGCAACCCUGCAUGAAGCCCUGUUUUUUCUAUGAAAAACUGAACCGACUGAUUGUUUUUACCCAAUACUAUA